GCAAGGGGAAAACCAGUGAUGUCACAUUUUAACAUUUUUUGAGUUAUUAUCCCAGCUAUGUUAAAGAUAAGUUUCUGCAUCUUUACACAAAUGGACAUGAAAAAAAAAAAGUUAAAUCACACCUAAAUUUUUAUGUGAAAAAAGGGGUCGCAAGGGGUAAACCAGAGAUGUCCAAAUUGUUCAAGGGGUAAACCGGAGAUGUCCAAAACCCUUUGCGCAGAAUAGGAAUUUUGCUACUUUUCAGCCAAUCGGAUUUGUUUUCGCCAAAAACAUUAUACUCUUAUAUUUGCUGAAAUGGCGGACAAAUGUCAGUAUCCUGAUAUAUCAGAAAUUCCAAAAAAGAAAAAAAAACAUGGUCGAAAGUGGGAAAGAAAUAGAAAUGAACGAAUAUCAUCACAUGUUAUUGGUUUUCCGUGUCAUUGCAAACGGUAUAAGUGUUUUGAAGAAACGACAGUUGAAGAAAGGGAGUUUUUACUGUUGUACUUUAAUAAAAUGCAAAAUAAAGAUCAUCAAGACAGUUUUCUUGCUUCAAUGAUUAAGGUUUUAAGUAUUAAACGAAGAAGACCUCGGAAAAAAGAAGAAAAAAGGUUUCUUCGUGAUCAUUCAUUCUCUUAUUAUAUCAAAGUGGCACGAGGUAAUAAUAUCGUAAGAGUUCCAGUUUGUAUCAAUGCUAUCUUAUCAAUAUUUGGCAUUGGAAAAUCAAGAAUAGAAAGAAUAAGAGGAUCUCUUGUUAAGACAGGAGUUCUUCCUUUAAACCAGCAAGGAAAACAUACAAAUCGACCUCUCGCCUUUUCAGAGAAUACUGUAAAUAGUAUCAUUGAUCAUAUCAAAUCUUUUAAAGGACGCCAAAGUCAUUAUGCUUUGCAUGAAACUAGAAAGUUGUAUUUGCCAGAGGAUCUUAAUUUAUCGAAAAUGUAUAAUAUGUACAAAGAGAAAAUAUUUGCAGAAAAAUUUAACAUCAGCUUUGGUUAUCCUCGUAAAGAUACUUGCUCAACAUGCGACAAGCUCAAUAUUAUACUUGAAAAUCAAGACACUGCUGCAGAUCAUCAGAUCAUCAAAGCUAGUCACGAAAAAGAACUUCAUUUGCGAAAAGCAGAAAUGUUUUAUACCAGAAAGAGAGAAGCACGUAGUAAUUUAAAAAUUGGUCAUGUAGCUCUUGCUUUUGACUUUGCGAAGAAUAUGAGUUGUCCUAAUGUUUCUACAAAUGAUGUUUAUUAUCGUAGACAGCUCUCUAUGUACACAUUUAAUAUACACUGCUUAGGGUCAAAUUGUGUUCACUUGUUUUGUUACGAUGAAACUUAUGGGCAAAAAGGAGCGGACUAUGUAGCGACUUUUUUGUGA